AAACCAUAUCCGAACCAAGGACUGAAAAAAAAACUAAACAACCGAACUGCAUCGGCGAGUUAUGGUUUUUUCAUUUUUUCUCACGCCCCUAGAUGGUGUACAUUGGUUUGGACUUUGGAGUAUUCCAAUAAAUUUCAAAGCGAAUAAUUGAAUAGAAACAAAAAGAGAGAGAUUGUUCUGUCCAACCUUUGUUUGUCUCUCCAAACGCAUCAGAGCAAGAAAUAUCUGGAUUUUAAGCUCUCAACUGUGAAGGGAGAAUGGUGUUUGAAGAGUUUGAACACAUCUAUGGUGAACCCAAAGCGGAAUGGGCAAAUAAAUCAAAUUCGGAAUCAGUUCCAUUACGUCGAUUCUUGAUGCAUGUUUUUGCUCCUGAUUACUAUCAUCUCAAAAUUCAUGUAACUGAUUAUCACUCUAACACUUUCGAGGCCGUUAAAUCGGUUAUGCAGCUUGAGGACAUGAGGGAUACCAUUGGAGUUGGCGGCUCCUGGUCCGAAUUUGUUGACUACAUCAUAGCUUCUGUUAAAUCUGAAGAUGUAAAGCUUGUUUUGGAGAAAAAUCCAGACUCAGGUCUAGCAUCUGCAAAAUUAGUUGCUCAGAAAUCAAAAGGAAUGCCCGUGAUCUCCUUUUCUAUGACAAAUCUUGUGGACUCUGCUGCAAAUGAUGCUAUGGAAAAUAUAUCUUUUGGGCUCUUCAAGGCAUUGAAAUGCAUGCAAAAUUUGACAGUGCAAGGUUGUCUUCUCCUUUUCUUUUAUAUGAAGUCACUAGCUCUUUUUCUCAUCAUUUUCUCUUUUUCUCAUCAUUUAAUCUCCUAUUAGGAAAAGUAAGGGUCA